AUGGAGGGCGAGAAGAAGAUGGUGAUGGUGGCGAUUGAUGAGAGUGAGUGCAGUCUUUAUGCACUAGAAUGGACCCUUCAAAAACUUCACGAUUCACUACUCAAUUCAGAACUUGUGCUUUUCACAGUACAGCCCAUAGUUGAUUAUGGGAAUUUCUAUGCUGCUUCUUUUGGUGUUAUUUCACCAGAAUUCUUAACAGUUAUCCAGGAAAAUCAAAAGAAAACUGCCACUGCUCUUUUGGAUAAAGCUAAGGACAUCUGCAGAGACCACGGGUUUUGUGCUGAGACAAUUAUUGAAGCAGGAGAUCCUAAAGACGUCAUAUGUGAAGAAGUGGAAAAGCUAAAGAUUGAAUUGCUUGUGCUGGGAAGCCACAGUCGAGGGGCUUUGCAUAGGGCCUUCCUGGGAAGUGUCAGCAACUACUGUGUUCACAAUGCCAAGUGCCCGGUUCUUGUUGUGAAGAAGAAAGCAUGA